AUGCCAGCUUACAUGAAUAACGGGGAUCAGAUAAACGAACAAACCCUAAUCAUGCGAGCAUCCAAAGACGCCAUGGGAAACGAUCAGUCGUUACCCUACAAUCCAUUCUUGAUCCACCUAUCGUUAAAAAACGCCAUCGGAAGAGAACCGAACGAGGUAGUCAAGGCGAGCAAAGAAGCCAGGGGUACACAGUAUGUCCUCAGAACCUCUUCCCAAAAAGUAUACAGCCAGCUCAUGGCGAUGACGCAGCUAGCAAAUGGGACCAAGAUUGAAAUCACUCAGCACCCAGUGCUAAACAAAACGGCGGGCGUAAUCUACGACUUAGACACAAAAAACUUAUCCUCUGACCUGAUACUGGAAGGACUCAAAAAUCAAGGGGUUAUUGAAGUACGUCGAAUCACGAAAAAAGUCAGUGGAAUCCCGACUAAUACACCACUACUAGUCGUGUACUUUGAGGGUUCGUACCUACCGGAGUAUGUAUACUUGGGAAUGCUGAGGGUUAACGUUAGAAGAUAUUACCCCAGCCCCAUGCAGUGCUACAGGUGCGGCCGCUUCGGGCACGGUAGCAAAAACUGCAAAGAAAAGGAAAUCUGCCUAAACUGCGGAACGGAAGAUUUAAGUAACCACGAGACAACGAUAGAAAAUCCAUGCAAAAAAACAAGCUACUGCGUAAACUGCAAAGGGGAACAUUCGGCACGAGACCGCACCUGCUCCGUUUUCGAAGCGGAAAAACACCUGAUCAAAAUAAAAACGGACAAUAACCUAACCUUCCCCGAGGCCCGGGCACUGUUGAAACAGGACAGAACAGGAAAGGAAACAUACGCGAGUAAGGUAAACGCACGAAUGGACACAACCGUGGACGAAAGAGACCGCAUUAUCCAGCUGCUCAAGCAAGAAGUGGAAUCCCUAAAAAAAGCCACCAAAAGUCAACCUACAAGUGACGAUAAAGACACAACAAUUAAAAAACUAAAGGAACAAAAAAUCGAAGAGCGCAUCCAAAAUAAAGACUUGCGAAACGAGAUGGCCGCCCUGCGCAGAGCAGUCCAAGAACUGCAAAGAGGAUCUUCCAAAUCGCCCCUCCCGCUGCCACAAAAUAAAACACCGCAACAACAAACCCAAUCCGGAAACCCACAACUCCAAAAAACACACCAGCAGCAGGUAAUCGCAGGAAACGUCCAGGCAAUAAUAGGAAACGCACAACCAAACAAAACCCCCCAAUCACAAGCAGCAACAUCAAACACUCACUCAACAAUAAUUCUACCAAAGAUCGGCACCCAACCACAAACAAGCCUCAUCCUUAACCUGCAAACAACUGAAACCACUCGCACUGGUCGUAGUAGGGAAAAAUACAACAAAACCACCAAAAAAAGGAGCAAGUCACGAAGCCCACUGCGAAAACUGAGCAUAACACGGGACGGACAGAACACUGCGAACACAUCCAGCGAAAUAUCAUUCCAACACCGAACAAACCUUGACGACCUGUCGAUUGACCUCUCAGAAUAA